GUACCGACCAACCGUCAAACUCAUCGCUGAAACACUAUCUUCUCCUAAUUUCCAAUCAUCUUCGUUAUCUUUCUCUCAGUUCCUUUUUCCUGUUGCUUCUUCGAUAUCAAAUCCAUCAAUGGACGCCAUUUCUUAUUCAACAAACCAAUUCAUUCGCUACCCAAAUGUCAAUUCUCGCCCAUGUGUUUUCUCUUCAAUGCCCUCCCAUAAUCCGUCGCUGGUUUUCUUCGCUUCCAACACUCGGUAUCGCCAAAUCUCCAAUUUCUCCCAAGUCUCAGGUCCAUGCCACAGGAUUCCCAAGCUGGUGCCCAAGUCUUCGGAUGAGAACAACGACAUUGUGCCCUCAGAAGAUGACCCUGAAGAUGGAGUAUCCCUUGGGACUAUGAAAUUGCCUUUGGACACUGACAUUGCUAGGUUUCAGGUCCUACUCUUCCAGUGGGCCAAUAGUCUUUGCCAGGGAGCUAACUUGCCACUUCCAGUGCCAUUGAAGGUUGACAAAAUACCCAGUGGAGUUAGACUUGGUUUUAUCACAAUUGGAGAUGGAAAGACAGAAGUUCUCGUGUAUAUAGAUUGCUUGGUUUUUCCUGCUACUGCCAGUAGUAGUCCAAUUUUUCGAGCCAUAAGAAAUGGACGCUUAAAGGACCAGUCACCUCCUGGUGAACCGAGAAUUAUGAGAAGUCUUUUGGGUGCUUUGAAAAAAUCAGUUGAAAUUUCUAGAGUAUGAGUUAAUAUUUGUCUAUGUAAAUGUACCAAACUUGUCUUUUCUUCUGUCAUUAGGUAAUGUAAAUGACUGUCGGUGAAGGUUCACUUCAAUGAUUGAUCUGGCUCUCAUAUAUAUAUAUGUUCAUAUCCCUAA